AAAAUAUCUCCCAAAUUCCCCGACACACCACGACUUGGCAACCCUAAUCAGCUUCCCCAACCAAUUCGAUUCCCCGUCGCCGAGCUCCCCCUCCCAACCCUAGCGCCAGAUCCGCCCGCUCGCCCGCGCAGCCAUGGCGGAGUCCCUCGACAUGUCCCUCGAGGACAUCAUCAAGAGCAACAAGAAGGGCAACUCCUCGUCCGGCGGGGGUGGCCGCCGCCGCGAGGGUCGCCGCGGAUCUGCCGCUGCCGGCAGCGGCGCGGCCGCCGCCGCCGCCGGAGGCGUCGGCCCCAACAGGCGCGCCUUCAAGCGGUCGGGGAACAGGGCGGCGCCCUACCAGCCGCCGAAGGCCCCGGAAUCGGCGUGGCAGCACGACAUGUACUCGGACGCCUCUGCGAGAGGCGGCGGCGGCGGGAGGGUCUCGGCUAUCGAGACCGGCACCAAGCUCCUCAUCACCAAUUUGGACUUCGGCGUCUCAACCGAGGACCUCAAGGAGCUUUUCUCCGAGCUGGGUGAUGUGAAGCGAUGCUUGAUUCACUAUGACCGAAGUGGGAGGUCUAAGGGAACAGCUGAGGUUAUAUUUGCAAGGCGUGGUGAUGCUGUUGCAGCGCUGAGGAAAUACAACAAUGUCCAACUUGAUGGCAAGCCUAUGAAAAUAGAGAUACUUGGGACUAACACUCCUACUGCUCCAGCCGCACUACCGACCAAUAAUGGAAGCUAUGCUAGGAAUGUUGCUAAGAGUGCACCAAGGGGUGUCUCAGCUAGUUUGCCACAGAACAGACCCCGUGCAAGGGGUGGGAGGGGUCGCCGUGGCGGUGGCGGAGGCAGUGGAUCUGGCGGUCGUCGUGGGAAAGAGCGUAGUCAGCCAAGGUCUGCUGAAGAACUUGAUGCUGAGUUGGAGAAGUACCAUGCACAGGGUACGACGCCGAUGCAGACCACCGAAUAAAUCGACAUCUUUGCAGCCUUGAUAUUUCAACAUGAAAUUUGAAGGGGCGCCCCUUUGUUCCCGCUUUUUGUGCUACUAUAUGUUCAAGGGACAACAAAACCUUUUACUUGUCAGGUUCUUGGCUUACUGAAUUGUAUGGGUUAUGUGUCUACAUAGAACUAGAGUUGAGUGGAUACCGGUGAACACUACUGUUAUGAACAUUACUUGAUUGCCUUUAGUUUCUGCCUUCCUUGAGGAGCGCAAGGACUAAGGACCACCCAAGUUGCUCCGCAUGUGAAAGUUAUUGAAGAUGUAUGAGGUGCUCACAUUCCUUUGCCGCCAAUCUAUCAUGAGGCUGAAAUUCAGAUGUGCCAUGGUGAUCAAGCUAAACCCUUAUUUUGGGUGGUCUUUGGGCGUUGUUUCCCCGCUGAACGAUCUUUUAAGCUUCAGCCAUCUUUAGUAAGAGGUGGUUGCUACUCUUAUGUUAUUAUUAUGCUAGCAUUGCUUUAUUCUCUUGCCCAUAGCAAAACCACAUGCCAGCUGGAGACGAUGUGUGAUCUUCCUUCCCCAGGUGCUUAACAAGUUACCUGGUAUGGUUAUUGUGGCUUUGCUAAUUGUGCUUCUUCAUAAGCAAGGUGCAAAUCUAGCAAUAUUCUCUUCACGUACCGAGUCACAUGCCAGCUGGAGGGGUACUGUUCUUUUAGAAGUUUUGCGUGAUCUUCCUUCUUCAGGGGUCAACAAAGUGUCUGAUAUGAGUAUGGUGGAUUCGCUAGUUGGGCUUCUUACUGAAGAAGCAUUAAGGUGCAAAUCUUGCUUUGCGAUCUGCUAACAGUUAAGGGUUGCCAAUUGGUUUGGUGGUGCACAGAUUUCCCAUUCGUUGGACGCCCCUUUGGCGCCCCCUUGCAGCUGCUGACUUCAUUUAUGAUGGUUGGGCCUUUCUGUUUGAAAUUCAACUAGGCAUCAAAGUACUAUUUGGAACCCAACUAAUCUGGCUGAUCUAUUCAACUAUAUCUUUAUUCCUUGCUGGGGAUCUGAAGCGUAGGUUCGAAUUUUGCUGUUGGGUUGCAUGAUUGCAGAUGAAUGAUGGCUUGCAGUUGGCCAAUCAGCUUAAGAGUUUUUGGUGGCAUGAUAAACGGCAUGAUAAACCACCGAAGUACUGAGUUGCUUUUUUUCUGUUGUUUUAGUAUUGUUUUGUUGCUGCUGCUAUUGUUUGGAACUGCCAUAUAGAUUGUGUUGUGUUGGAUUUUAUGCUUCUGAGGAAAUGGCAUUUCGCUGUGCUUC